AACAAGUGCCGCGUCAAAGUAUUUAUUAUGUCUGAGAAGUACUAAAGUUAUUAAGCGAGUGCAUGAGUAGUUAUCUACAGUCGUUUCAUAAAUAAGUCACAACUAAAUUAAAAAAAAAAAUAGAAAAUUGAAUCAUACAUUGCCGUAUCUAAUAACUCAGAACGAAAAACUUCUCAGUAAUGCCAAUAAUGUACUUGGACAUAAGCCAUUAAUUAAGAUAUACAAAUUGCGCAUCACUUACAGCAACUCGAUGCACUAAAGGGCACCGAUAUAAAAGAGGCUUUCAUCACCGAAAUGAAGGUAGUCUUACUAAUCUUUUCAAACGUAAUUUCUAUUUACUUGUGAACUUAAAGAUGGGCAACAAAAUCUGCCUUAUUUUCCUUAUGAUUUUUACAUACUUUACGGCUAUGGCAUUAGCACGACCACAGGGUUCGGGUACUACAUGCGGCCCAAAUGCACAAUUCACCACUUGCGGCCCCGCUUGCCCGGCCAAAUGCAGUGAUAAUCCGCUUUGCUUAGCAAUAAUAUGUGACUCCAGCUGUCGGUGCAAUUCCGGAUAUGUGCUGAACGAUGCUGGCGAAUGUGUGAGGAGAAGUGAAUGUUAACCGAAUUUUAGUUUUGUUAAUUACAAUAAUGCACACCGCUAUACUGUAUAAUGUUUUCUUAGAAUCAUAUUACUUAUUAUUUCAAAUAAGACAUAAAAAUUAGCGAUACCAAUAAACUGAAAUGUCGAAAGUUU